CACAUGCGUUGAACGUUGCUUGCCGAUUCUCUAUUUGAACCCAGCAUUGCCCAUCCAUUCUGAAAUGAGGGCCUUGCGAUAAGUCAGUUUAAUUCCUGAUACAUUUGAAACUUUGACAUGGAGUCAGCAUUCAGAGUCCCAACUUCCUUGCCUGACGGGAAUCGUGAAUACGCCCGCCGAUACACCUCUGACGAAUGGGAGGCCAUGAAGCCAAAGAUCCAGCAACUGUACGUCCAAGACGAGAAGACACUCCAACAAGUCAUUCAUAUCUUAGAGCGCGAGUAUGGAUUUACGGCCUCGGAGAAGCAGCUUAAGAGCCGGAUAAGCAAAUGGAGAUUCGACGUCAAGAAUGUCAAGGGAGAUACCAUGGUCCAGAUGGCACGCGCCAGACUGAGGCGGAAGAGGGUGGAUGGGAAAGACAGCGUCUUCCGUGUCAACAAGAAAGCAGUGGCCGAUCGAAACAUCAACCGAUAUCUUAAGAGAAACAACGUCUCCGAAGAAGAUCUGUUAUCUAUGACGAGCCCAAUCGAUGCACCUUCUCCUGCUUUUAGUGUCUUCUCGCCACGUCCCGACUCCCCAUCUGAUACCAGUGUUCACGCAGCUCUUUCUGUGAGCAAUGCUACUUCUUCGACCGAAGAGUUCGUUAUACUGGACCUCAACGCAGAUUCGGGUGCUUUAGAGGCAAAUACGAUGUCAAAUCACCUUGCCUAUUCGAGACACAACCAGUUGCCUGCCUCUAGCCAGCAAAGCCUCCGAGCACUUACCAUGUCCCACCCCCAAAGUCUGGACGUCAGUAGAUAUGCCUAUUUCACGACUCUUCCCGGAAGCAUUCAAGACCUACCAGAUAGCCCUGAAGUGCUUCUUUGGCGCUUUCGAGAACAAAUUUGUCCCAUGCUCUCUGUCACCAAUGGCCAAAAUAACAAUAUGUGGCAGACUUUGGUACUGCCACGGGUGCACAACUCCCAAAGUCUCUGCCUUGCGAUAUCUGCUAUGACGGCUCUCCACAUAUCCACCGGCAGGUCUGAUAUCCAACUUCAUGCUCGUGGAAUGAACUUGAUGCUCCAGAGCCUUCGCGCAUUGCGCAGUGAGCUCGGCGGCCAAACACGCAAGAUAGCCACCCUGGCGACUGUCCUCAUUCUGGCAUCCUGGACAAGUUGGAACGAAGGAUUGCACCUGGGAAGGAAGCACGUCAAGGGGGCUUUGGUAGUGCUUUGGGAACUGUGGUCGCAGUCUGUAAAAAUAACGUCCGGUUCUGCCCCUAUUGACCCCAUCUCCUUGGCAUUUCUGGCGACAACUGGGUUCUAUAUGGAUGCACGGUCAAGUGUUGUGCACGCGGCGAUGGCAAAGGACGACUAUAAAAUGAUUCGCAAAAUCAUCCCGGAAAUGCCGACGCCGGUGGAAACAUACCUGGGGAAAUUCGAGGGGAAUCUAUCCUCGAUCCCUCUGGAUCCGUGGAUGUUUUGUGCUGGCAGAGUUUUCCGUUUCAUGAAACGGGCAGCUGACCUUUGCUACGAGGUCAGGAUGGCAAGUAGUGCGUCUUCUACCAAUAUCACCGAAGCGGUAGCCUUGGCACGCGAAAUCGAGGCAUGGACACCCAACGCACUUGUCUAUUUUCCAUCUUCGAGUAGAUUACACGUUUCUGGCUUGGACGAGCGGUACAUGAUACAUACUGCGAAGGCGUACCGAUAUGUCACUCUUCUAUACCUCCGCCAAGCUGUGCCGGAGAUGCCUAAUAUCAGUAUUCAGCAGCUAGCCCGAGACACAAUUCGCCACCUCUCGUCCUGUCCACCGAGCUCUACCAUUGCCUUGGCUCAAGUAUAUCCACUGUUUGUGGCAGGCUGCGAGGCAAGUAGCAACGAAGAGCGGCAGUGGGUCAAAGAACGUUGGGCUGCCAUGAUAGCACGUAUGAGAGUCACCAAUGUGUAUAAGUGCUGGGAAAUUACUCAAGAAGUUUGGAAGAGACGAGACGCUUAUCAACAGCGGAGAAGCGGAAAUAGCGCCAACCAUCUUCAGCAACCAAUGUUUCAAUGUCUGGGAGAUACUGAAAACAUAGAGGGCCGAUUACAUUGGGCACAGAUUAUGAAGGACUGGGACUGGGAAGUGUCAUUCUAGUUUGGAGUAAACAAGCGGUAUAUGUUUCUAACGUCAUGCCGAGUUGAACUGCACCCAGUGUGAGUAAAAAAU